CAAAAAACCCAAGCUGUGAAUCAAAACUAAACACUGCUAAUCUUCUGGGGUAACCAAAAAUGGAUCCAUCGACAGUUAGAGUAAUCUCAGAAUGUUUUGUUAGACCCCAAAAUGUUUCCGAUGAAUCAAAACAGCCCUUCUAUUUGACACCAUGGGAUCUCAUCAUGCUCUCCGUCCAGUACAUUCAAAAGGGUCUUCUCUUCGCCAAACCUCCACCGGAAGACUGUGGAGAAAACUCGAUCAACGAUGUCUUGGAGCGGCUGAAGAAAUCCCUCGACAUCGCCCUCCGCCAUUUCUAUCCCUUAGCAGGUCGCAUCGUAGCCAAAAAAGAAGAAAACCCACCUUCUUAUUCCGUCUUUGUUGACUGCAACAACAGCCCUGGAGCCAAAUUCAUCCACGCAGCUGCUGAUAUAUCGGUGUCCGACAUUGUUUCCCCGACCUAUGUUCCAUUAGUUGUUCAGUCGUUCUUCGACCAUGAUCGAGCAAUCAACUAUGAUGGUCAAACCAGGCCUCUGUUAUCUAUUCAGGUCACUGAGCUUGUAGAUGGGGUGUUCAUAGGUUGUUCUAUGAACCAUGCUAUUGGCGAUGGAACCUCCUUCUGGCAUUUCUUCAACGCAUUGUCCGAAAUAUUUCAAUCGCAGGAUGAUAAUGUGAAAAUCUCACGCCCCCCAGUGUUUGAGAGAUGGUUCCCAGAGGGCUAUGGACCAUUGCUUAAACUUCCCUUCGCUCAUGAAGAUGAAUUUAUCAGCACAUUUGAAGCACCACAGCUGUUAGAGAGAAUAUUCCACUUCUCGGCAGAGUCCAUCGCAGAGCUCAAAAAAAGGGCUAACACAGAAUAUAGAACCACGAAAAUCUCCUCCUUCCAGUCGUUAUCUGCGUUUGUUUGGAGAGCAAUCACAAGGGCGCGUCGUUUUUCAAGUGAAAUGGUCAUUGGUUGCAGAUUGGCUAUAAACAAUAGGUCAAGACUGGAACCACCGCUGUCCCCAGAUUACUUUGGGAACUCGAUUCAAACCGUGAGAGCGGUGACCACAGCGGGUGAACUGCUUGAACAUGAUCUCGGCUGGGCUGCUUGGAAACUGCACCAAGCUGUGGUUAACCACACGGACGAAUCAGUCCGUGGUUUCGUCAAUGAUUGGCUUCGUUCACCUUCAAUUUACCAAAUUUCUCAGCUUUUUGACCCACAAAGCGUGAUGAUGGGAAGCUCACCAAGGUUCAACAAGUAUGGAAAUGAGUUCGGGUUGGGGAAAGCGUUGACACUUCGAAGUGGAUAUGCUCAUAAGUUCGAUGGGAAAGUUUCAUCGUAUCCAGGACGGCAAGGUGGGGGAAGUAUAGACUUGGAAGUCUGCCUUCCGCCGUCUUCAAUGAACGGUCUUGAAUCAGAUGAGGAGUUCAUGGCUGCUGUUUCUUCACUUUCACCCAUGUGAAUCUAGAAUUU